CUCAGGAAUUUACAGCUUAUCUCCUGCCUGCACUGACUAACACUGUAAUUUCUGAUAUUUUUCGACGCGCAUAAAGGUGUAGACCGUGAAAGCUGCAGGUGUCCUGCACAGGUGACCAUGCUUUACUUGAUCCAAAGCCCUCGCCGCCCUCCUCCAUGACCAGAAUAAACGCGAAUACACAGUAUAGAAGCGGAGAAAGGCGUAUACAAUAGACAAUGAUACUCCGCAACAGUCAGAUCGCCAUGUCGCUCACCCUUCCAUCUUCAUUGCUUGCAGGUUGCUCCUCGGAAUAUCAUCAGAGCCAUCGACGCUUGCAUAUAGUCUAUCGUAUACAAAACAUUAUAUGCAUGCAUACAACACAUGCACGGUGGACCACGCCGAAUGGUCAUGGCGGUGGAGAAGCACUCGAAAUGACCGACAUCAUACCCGAGAUCAAAAAGCUGCUGCAGCCGGUCUAUAAACGGACAAGCGGCCUCGUCACAUUGGUUGAAGGACGACAGAUGGAAAAGACGAAAGAGGCCUGUUACCCAAUACACUCUAUUUUCCCUUUAACCUUUUCGCGUCCUGGUCGGAGUCUUGUCGACGGAGAGGAACUAGCUAGUACAUGCGCGCAAGUACACGGACUACUCCUGCAUGCCAUCGGAGGAUGGAGUUGUCACCUCCAGCUGCUGACAUAAAAACGGCGC